ACACUGCUCUAUCAGUAUUUGACACCUCAUCAUAGAUUGUCUCGAACUCGCUGGUGGCUCAGGGAACCCCGCGGUCUCCGCAAGUGCGCUGUCAACGUGCGUUGAGCCCGGCGUUCCUGAAUCAGUUUUCGCCGUUCCCGUUAAUCCGAAGCGUAUGGCGUGCCUAAAAACGACGCCUUUGGAGCCUAGGUUGUCGCGUGGCGAGACCCUUGCAAUAAAACACUGGGGUCAUACUAUGUAUUUCCACUUGUUGAUCUUAUGAGUAUCAUGUCUAUUGAUCCUACAUUCGACAAUGCGGACCUCUUCUCUAUUGAUUACCUAAGUGCCACCACAAUCCCAACGAACACAUUGUUGGGAAUAGCACAUGCCUUGAUACCAGUAAGAUUCGUUUAGCAAGAUAGCGGCCCACAGCGCUGCUACUAACCCGGAUCCAGGCAUCACGCAACAUCGGCUGCUGUCCAGCCCUGUGCUGUCCGCGGGCCACUUGUAUUCGACUUCAAUUGUGUGGGCAAGUGGAUCCAUCGGAUGAUGCUGACAUGUUCCAUGUACAGUUAUCAACAGUGUGAUAUCAAGCAUGCGGCUGAAUGAAUCGCAGCCACAUGGCAAUCC